AUGGAGGAAGAGGUAGAGGCCUUCCAUUCCUUGUAUGAGAGGCUAUCCUCAUACUUGGUGGAAAAAGAGGCUUAUGAUCGAGUCGCGACCUUAGAAAUUGUUAAUGAAGAGUUCACAGACAAAGAAGGGAGGAAGAAGAGAUUCAGCUUGCUCAAGAGGCAUUGGAUGACACACCUCCGAAGCCGUUUUCCCCACUACUGCAGUUGCAAGGACAGAACGAACGAGUUUGUGUGGGAACCUAAACAUCAAGAGGCUUUCGAAAAAAUCAAGGCCUAUCUGGCGAGCCCACCAGUGCUUGUUCCUCCCAGAGCUGGAUUUCCAUUAAAGUUGUAUGUUUCAGCAGCUGAGGCUUCCAUGGGUAGCCUCCUCGCUCAGGAUGAUGAAGAGGGUGUCGAACAUGCCAUCUUUUACCUCACUUGCAAGUUACGGCAUUACAUGUUGUCCUUUACUACUUGCAUCAUUGCUCAAACCGAUCUAGUCAAGUAUAUGCUAUCGCGACCUAUCCUGAGAGGCCGUAUUGGCAAGUGGGUGCUCGCCUUAUCAGAAUUCUCACUACAGUAUGUCCCACAAAAAGCAGUAAAAGGGCAAGCUAUCGCGGACUUUCUGGCACAUCACCCUAUGCUGGAUGUCCCCGCGGUUAGAGAUUUAGAGGUCGCUGCCACAACUUUAGAUCGCCCAGAUUUGGCUUGCUUACCAGAGUACGCCGCACUGUAUCAAACCACAGUCUCAUUCCAGCCCUGGGUGUUAUAUUUUGACAGGUCAAGAACAGAUACGCUAGCAGGAGCAGGAAUUGCACUGGAGAAUCCGGCUGGAGAUCACUUUUCGUACUCAUUCCAGUUGGAGUUUCAAUGUACCAACAACCAAGCAGAAUAUGAGGAUUUAAUCAUAGGCCUAGAAGUACUGUUGGAAAUGGGAAUCAGAGAUGUACAAAUAUUUGGCGAUUCUCUCUUGGUUAUUAAUCAGUUGUGA